ACAUUCGACUGGACACAGGCAGCAGAGGAGCAGAAGAUUGGAGUCUGGGGGAAUACGAGUGGACACUCAGAAGCGUAUGCCAAUGAGAAGAGCGCAUAGCCUUUGAAACACUUAAGCUGCUUGGGGUUUAUAGUCAUGGUGACAGAAGAGGAACAUGUUCUGCCUGGUCUUGCUCAGGUGUAUGCGUACAUCUUCUCUUACACAUUCUUGCUGCCUGUUGCGGUAUUUGUCAUCUGGUACAUCCGGGACUCCAUGGAAAUAGAUGACAUUGAUAAAAAACAUGUCGUGAUCACGGGUUGCGACAGCGGUUUCGGCAACCUUGCUGCCAAACAGCUCGAUCGACAAGGCUUUCACGUAAUAGCCGCAUGCCUGUCAGAGAGUGGUUCGUCUGAGCUGAGCAAGGCCGCCUCCCCCAGACUGAAGACAGUUCUGCUCAAUGUUAAAGACAGCGCGAGCAUCGACCGCGCCGUGGAGAUGGUGCGGCGCGAGACCGGGGAGCGAGGCCUGUAUGGUCUGAUCAACAAUGCUGGGGUCUCCAUCCCUAUAGGUCCAACAGAGUGGCUACAGAUUGAGGACUUCCGCAAGGUGCUGGAUGUGAACUUCAUGGGUGUGGUCGAGGUCACCCUCAAGUUCCUCCCCCUGCUGAAGAAGGCCAAGGGCAGAGUGGUGAACGUGGCCAGCAUCUUGGGACGGCUGUCUCUGGUUGGAGGAGCCUACUGUCCGUCAAAGUGGGGGGUUGAGGCCUUCUCCGAUAGCGUCAGGAGGGACAUGAGGCAUUUCGGUAUCAAAGUGAGCAUCAUCGAGCCAGGCUUCUUCAAAACAAACGUGACGCGUCUGGAUCUGAUAGAGGAUGAUCUGCAGAGGCUGUGGGACCGCCUCCCCGAUGACGUCAGGGCCACCUACGGACACAGCUAUCUGGAGGAGUAUAAGAAGUCUCAGAGCUUCUCCAUGACCUUGCUGUGCAGCAGUGAUCUGUCCAAGGUCUCCAACUGCAUGCAGCACGCCCUGAUGGCCAAGUACCCCAGGACGCGUUACAGCGCCGGCUGGGACGCCAAGCUCUUCUGGAUCCCCCUCUCCUACAUGCCAGCUUUCGUGGGGGACUUUUUCAUCGACAUACUGCUUCCUCGUCCCAAACAGUCUUGAUGGGUUUCACAGACAUUCACAGAGUCCAUACCUUCAUAUCCCUUUUAAAAUGUUAACAUUUUGGCACGCCACAACAACAAACUCUUAAGUCUUGUUGGGCUUAAUUAUAUUAAUUUAUUGUCUUUUUUAAUGUCUCAAAAUACUUUGUCCUUAUACAGACUGUAAUUGAAGGGAUUUUUAAGCCUUGUUUUGAUUUGGAAUAUGUUUUGUGUACAGAAAAUAUAACCUUAUAAAUCAAUAUUUUUUUUCUG